CUGCCUCGGUCUGAAAUUUGAACGUCGAGUCUUCUUUCCAUCCACGCUGCGCUGCCUUUGAUGUCGCUUGUCGCCGACGCGUUCCCUCCACUUGCAUUCGCCCUAAAGCCCUAAACCCCCGUCGUCAUCGUCGUCGUCCAGUGAACUAAUCAGAAGAACAUGGUGAGACUCACAGUCGAUUUAAUCUGGAAAAGCCCUCAUUUCUUCAAUGCCAUUAAGGAGCGAGAACUGGACCUUCGAGGAAACAAGAUAGCAGUUAUAGAAAACCUAGGUGCCACCGAGGACCAAUUUGAUGCCAUUGAUUUGUCUGAUAAUGAGAUUGUAAAGCUGGAAAAUAUGCCAUAUCUUAAUCGAUUGGGCACAUUGCUGAUCAAUAAUAAUAGAAUCACUCGUAUUAAUCCAAAUAUUGGAGAGUUCUUGCCAAAAUUACACACGUUAGUUCUUACGAACAACAGACUUGUGAACUUGGUAGAGAUUGACCCGUUGGCAUCCCUUCCAAAACUUCAGUUUCUUAGUUUGUUAGACAACAAUAUUACGAAGAAGCCAAACUAUAGAUUGUAUGUCAUUCACAAGUUAAGGUCACUCCGGGUGCUUGAUUUCAAGAAAGUCAGAAACAAGGAGAGAUUGGAGGCUAGGAAUUUAUUUUCAUCAAAAGAAGUUGAAGAAGAGGCAAAAAAGGAAUCUGUGAAGACUUUUGUUCCAGGUGAGGUAGAGAAUGCAUCCAAACCUGUGGAGGAGAAACAAACUUCAACCAUGUCUGCACCAACACCGGAGCAAAUUAUAGCUAUUAAGGCGGCCAUUGUUAAUUCCCAAACUCUUGAAGAGGUUGCAAGAUUGGAACAGGCACUAAAGUCAGGUCAGCUACCUGCAGAUUUGAAUCUUUUGGAAGAUAAUACUGUGACAAAUACCACAAAAGAUACAGACGAUAAGACAGUGUCUGAUGGUGGAGAUGAAGAAAAUGUAUCCAAGGAUGCAAAAGAACAAUCGAAUGAUGAAUCUACACCUAUGGAGCAGGAAUAGUAGAUAAUCGUUGCUCGUACGACUUGGUGGCUCAUCUAUUAGCUUUCAUCGAUUGGUGAUCCUGUUGGGCUGAUUUGUGGACAUUUUAAAGAAUUUUGAGAAGUCCAAGCACGGCGGGGACGUUAGACCUCUACUUCGCCUCUUUUUAGGAGUUGGUUUUUUUUUCUCUCUUCUAGUUUCUUUUCCUUGUUUGGGUAAAAUUUUUUUUAAAUAUAUGUAUGGAUAGAUAUCAGGACUUGAAAAUGGUUUAUGUUGUAUCUUCGACGCUCGUAAUUGCUUUGAAUUUUUCUUCUUUAAAAAAUGUACGGAUAUUUGGC